UAUAGGCAGGACUGCCUUUUAGAGUCGCGCCUGCCUUCUGUCACUCACCAACCUGAUCUUCUCACAUAAAGUUUAGCCUCCAGCGCUGAUCCUCCUGCAACCCGGAAAAUGGAGACGCAGCUCCGCUUCACCAUGAGCAGCUGAGCGCCUGCACUUCGCCUUCGUGAACUCCGCGUGUGUGCUUUUGAAGACGUUUCACUCAGAGUUUAAGGUUUCUGAUUGGACGGCAUGGGGAAUCUGAUUAAGGUCCUGACGAGGGACAUCGAUAACAAUGCGGGGAACUUUUUCCUCGACUUUGAAAAUGCUAAGCCUACUGAAGCAGAAAGAGAGUUAUGGGAACAGAUGAACGAGGUUCUGACUGAGGCCAUGAGUGUUUUAAUGGAUCUGCAGUCCUACAGUGGAGCUGGAGAAGCCAUUAGACAGGCCAUCCAGCAGCCGAAUAAUGAAAGCGUGCAGGAGAAAGCCUGGAACGCCGUGGUGCCGCUGGUGGGCAAACUAAAGAGGUUUUACGAGUUCUCUUUAAAGCUGGAAGGUGCCCUGCACGGCCUGCUGGGAUUCCUAACGAGUGCAUGCUGUAGCCCGACGCAGCACUUGGAGCAGGAGCAGGCUCUUGCGCGUCAGUUUGCGGAGAUCCUGCACUUCACUCUGCGCUUCGAUGAGCUCAAGAUGACUAAUCCAGCCAUUCAGAACGAUUUCAGCUAUUACCGCCGGACCCUGAGCCGCAGGAGAAUCAACAACGUGGCAACAGAGGAAGAGAACGAAGUAAACAACGAACUGGCCAAUCGCAUGUCUCUGUUCUAUGCCAAUGCCACACCAAUGCUGAAAACAUUAAGCGAUGCCACAACGAAAUUUGUAUCUGAGAAUUCAGAUUUACCCAUAGAAAACACAACAGAUUGCCUAGGUACGAUGGCAUGUGUGUGUAAAGUCAUGUUAGACACACCGGAGUACCGUACCCGUUUCGCGAGUGAAGACACAGUGUUAUUCUGCCUGCGUGUGAUGGUGGGAGUCAUCAUCCUCUACGACUACGUUCAUCCUGCUGGAGCUUUUGUCAAGUCCUCGAAAAUUGAUAUGAAAGGAUGCAUUAAAGUCCUGCGGGAUCAGCCACCUAACAGAGUAGAAGGUCUCCUUAAUGCGCUCAGGUACACGACAAAACAUUUGAACGAUGAGACUACCUCCAAGCAAAUCAAAAACAUGUUACAAGUCUGACAGCAUCCACAAAAUGGUACCGUUUUGGGAACAUAAUGAGGAUCGCGACCCUCUUCUGAUGAGACUGCUUUUAGUGGGAGUUUUUAAAUACAGAGAGAAUGGCAGCUAUCAGGAUACACUGCUGUAGGGUGGUCUUAACGUAACUCAGAAAAGGCUCUCCACUGCUGUAUGUUUUUUUUUUUUUUUAAAUGUUAUUGCCUGUGUUUUUUUUUUAAUGGAUGACAGAGUGCCAAGGCAGAAACAAAUAUCUUGUAAUUUCAUUGUUUUUUCUAUUAUUUUUGACAUUUAAUAGCUUUUGAACAAAAUAAAUUGUAGCUGUUUAAAUCGG